UUGUGACACACAGAAGAAAUCAAGGAGCAAGCAAUCACUUUCUGAAGUUGUCUGCGCUGCUCUAAAGAUAAUGUGACGAAAUUGAAAAUACAAUCAAAACGCGAUUUUCAAAGCGAUUCAGUCCCGCUUUGACUGCAACCGCGCAAAAGCGAAUUCAUAUCACAGACAUUAUUCGCAUGUCUUUUUCAUUCUCAAUUUUUUCCAUAUACAGUUAACUAGUCGUCUCUUGUCGGGAUGUCCCAGUCACAGCCCGAACGCGAACGGGGCUCAGGCCCGCUACCUAACCGUUGGCUCUACUGUCCACGAAAAAGUGACAUAAUUAUUGCGGAGCGGUUUCUCGCCUUCAAGACGCCGUUAAAUCAGUCUUUCCAAGACAAAAUGCCCAUUGAGUGCACCUUCCGCCCCGAGAUGCUCUUUGAUUAUUGCAAGACGCUGAAGUUAAAACUAGGCCUCUGGAUUGAUUUGACGAAUACAAAACGGUUUUACGAUCGAAGCACAGUGGAAGAACGAGGCGCACAGUAUAUUAAGCUACAGUGUCGUGGUCAUGGCGAAACACCAUCACCGGAGCAGACACACAGCUUUAUUGAAUUAGUUGACAACUUUAUCAACGAGCGACCAUUCGAUGUUAUUGCUGUGCAUUGUACGCACGGUUUUAAUCGGACUGGAUUUCUUAUUAUCUCUUAUAUGGUAGAGCGUCUGGACUGUUCUGUAGAAGCUGCACUUGCCGUAUUCGCCAAUGCGCGACCGCCUGGCAUAUACAAGCAGGAUUACAUUAAUGAGCUCUUUCGUCGUUAUGAAGAUGAGGAGGACGCUCCACAAGCCCCAGAGCAGCCCAACUGGUGUCUGGAGUACGAUGACAGCAGUGGCAACGACGACAUCGGCACCGACAGCAGAAAACGUCACUACGAUGAUAAUUACUCUUCCACUUCACAGCAGGCUGCAGCGGCAGCAAUUGAGGGUGGGAUGGUAGCAGAUGACGAAGAUGAAGACGCCGAUUCAAAUGCAAAUUGUGAAGAAGACUGCGCGACAGGCGAUAGCCCGCAGAAAAAAAAACGACGAAGAGAGUGGAUUGUAAAAAAUGCAGCCUUUAUGGCUGGCGUACCUGGCGUGAGGCAAGUAACGGAUCAGCCGCGUGUCACUGAGCUACAGCACAGGGUACAAAACUGGUGCAAUUGGCAAAAAAGCGGCUUUCCGGGCGCUCAGCCCGUAUCAAUGGAUAGGCACAAUAUUAAGAAACUCAGUGAGAUGCCAUAUAGGGUUUCUUGGAAGGCGGACGGGACACGGUAUAUGAUGCUUAUAGAUGGACGUAACGAGAUAUACUUUUUUGAUCGCAAUCACUCCUGCUUUCAAGUAGAAGCCAUGGCCUUUGUAAAUGGCAAAAAUUUGCACGAGCAUCUUGAUGGCACGUUGCUAGAUGGAGUAAGUUAUCGCCAUCAUUAACAGUUUUAUAUGUUU